CAAUCAUUUCGACCGUGGCUUCUCCUUCAAAGUUCAGAAUUCUAAAACAAGAAGGAAACAAUCAAUUGACUAUAACAAGGAGACUCGAUGAAGAAAUGAGUAAAGGACAAAGAGAAAGCUUCGCCAUGGCUAACAAUCUCUUUGCUGCCAUUGACAUGGGCACGAAUGCCUUCAAACUUCUCAUUGUUCAAGCUUAUUCCCCAGGUAAAUUCCUCCCUAUUUUGAACGUCAAAGAACCCGUCGUUUUAGGCCGUGACUCGGCUUCUUCGGCAAUCUCCGCCAGUUCCCAGCACCACUCUCUCAAAGCCCUUAUAGAAUUCAACGAAAUCCUUGAAACCUACCGCAUCCCUUCUCUCCACACUCGCUGCGUGGCCACGUCAGCUGUCCGUGAAGCACGAAACAAGGCCCAAUUCAUCGACUCGGUGGCGGAAGCCACCGGGUUGGAAGUCGAAGUUCUGUCAGGUGAACAAGAAGGCCGGUAUUCCUACCUGGGUGCCCUUCAAUUUUUGCCGGUUUUUGAUAAGUGCGUUUUGAAUGUGGAUAUCGGAGGUGGGUCAAGUGAGUUGGCUAUUGGGUCACGUGGAAAGGUUGACUAUUGCCUGUCCUUGAAGCUUGGUCACGUGACAAUGGCUCAACAGGAUUUCGGGGAUGAAGAAGCUGAAAGAGUUUUCAAUAUGAGGGAGUAUGUCAGGAAGGUAGUUAAGGAAUCUGGGUUAGUUGAGAAAGUUAAAAACUUUGGCUUUGAAGUAGCUGUGGGCUCAUCGGGGACUAUAAGAGCCAUUGAAAGAGCAGUUCAUAAGGGAUAUGGAUUGGGUUUUGAUGGUAAUGAGGCUGUGCUUAGGGAAUGUAAAAGGGAUUGGAGGAUUACCAGGAAGGAGUUAAAAAGUGUUGUUAAGAGGUUGUGUAAUGGAGGAGAAGGGGAGAAAGUAAGCAGAGAAAGGUUUUUUAAGAAAAGGUCAGAGUCUAUUGUUGCUGGUGGGAUUCUGAUUGAGGAGAUGUUUGAUUUGCUUGGGAUUGAAUACAUGUUGGUUUCUGGUUAUGGAUUGAGAGAAGGUGUGAUUGCUGACACUUUGACUAAGGUUUUUGAUGAUGGUUAUGAUUUGAAUGCAAAUGCUCGGUUUCGGUCCAUUUUGCAGCUUACUACAGGGAUUUAUAGCAAAAACAUGAUCACUUCUGCUGCUGAAUGUGCUAGCAUUGCCAGGGUGAUUUUUGAAGGCUUAGAAAAAUGUAAGGAGCUUGAUAACGAUGGAGUUAAACUUGCUGUUCCUUUAGAUGACAAAGAUCUAGAAUAUAUUGAAGCUGCAUGUUUACUUCACAAUAUAGGGCUCAUUGAUGGUAAAAAAGGUUACCACAAGCAGUCAUAUCAUAUUAUCAUGAAUGGAAAUCAUCUUCAAGGAUAUAGUGCUGAGGAGGUCAAGUUAAUAGCUCUUCUUACGAGACACCAUAGGAAGAAAUUACCUAAGUUUGGUCAUGCUUCAUUUAAUGAGUUUGGAGACGAGGCAAAGCAGAAAUUUGGAGUUCUUUGUGCAAUUAUACGUUUAUCUGUUGUAUUACAUCAGAAUGGAUACAUAAGCUACAAAGACAUGAGUUUUUCACAUUCUCAUGACGGUUUCAAGCUGGUUCUUGGGGAAGCAAGGGGUCAGACUCUUUUGCCUGGUGAUGAGCAAUGUACCGCUGAUAAAUUUGAGAAAGAACUAAGGCAUGAGUUGGAAUACUUUAAAAAGGUUUUCAAGCAAGAAUUGUUUGUUCAAAUACCAUCAUUCUCUUCAACUAACCAUGAAAAUGAAAGUUGCUGACAAGAAAGCUGCCAGUUAGUUCUUGAUUGAACCCAGAUCCUGAAAGUGGUUCCUAUUGGAUUAUCUCAGAAAUGAAGAGGGUCCAUGAUAUUCUCCCCUUGCAUCAAAAUUCUCUCUGAGAGCUAAUAGCUGACAGGCACCACACCAACUGAACACCCUCCUCCUCUUUGUCUGUGGCAGUUCCAGUGAAUGUGAGGCCAUCGAGGGUGCUUAACAACACAAAGCCUCUCUGCACUGCACCGCACCACUAAUCGCCUACUAUUUCGAGGAAAACCUCAAGAUCUUCAACAGGAAAACUAGCUUCCUCUCUGAUUGGGCUUGCCUCUAUUACUUUUUCCGUUAAGUAUGUGUAAAUAUACCUUUAAUCAUCGUUCAUACAUAUAAGACUCAUAUUUGCUCAAAUGCUUUAACCCAGGUGCAAAAUACCCCCUGAUUCAGGUUCUGAGGUUAACUCCAUAAGAGCCAACUUGCUUGUUA